AUGUUUUCCCCCUUCUGGACAACAUGUUUCUCCCCUUCCCUCCCCCCUUCCCCCUCCCCUUUCCCCCCUCUCCCCCCAACCUUCUGUCCCCCACCUCCCCCACCCCCCUCCCCCUCCCCACCCCCCAACCCCCGCUGCCUGCCCACGCUGCCGGACUAUGUUUGGGCUGGAGUGUGUCUGGGUGCGUCUGGAGACGCUGCAAUCCGGACCGUGUUUGGGGUGCGACCUGAGACGUUACAGUGUUCACACGACUUGGAGGGCAACCAGGUGCCGGACAUCCUGCUGCAGCUGCAGGCGAUGCUCUACGGCAAGAACGGGCUGCAGACGGAGGGCAUAUUCCGAGUGGCAGCACAGAACGACCAUGAGGACUGGAUACGAGAACAGGUCAACCUGGGUCUGGUGCCGCUCAACAUCGACGUGCAUGCCAUCGCAGGCCUCAUCAAGGCAUGGUUCCGUGAGCUGCCGGAAGGCUUAUUGGACCGCCUUAAGCCAGAGAAAGUAGCGGCGGCGGAGAGGGAGGAGCAGAUGCUGGCGCUGAUAGCCACUCUGCCCGCCCUGCAGGCCGGCAUGCUGGACUGGGUGGUGGGGCUCAUGGCGGACGUGGUGCAGCACGAGGCGAGCAACAAGAUGAACGCUCAUAACAUUGCUGUUGUAUUCGCUCCAAAUAUGACCCAGAUCGUGGAUCCUCUCAUCGGCUUCCAGCACGUCAUCAAGCUCAUGGACCUCCUCAGAGCGCUCACAGUGCUGCGACAUGUGAUCAAGCUCAUGGACCUGCUCAGAGCGCUCGUGCAACGGAAGAUCAAGCAGCGCCUCGAUAACCCCCCUCCACCCGCCGCUCCUCUCCCGGAUCAACUAGCACAGAAUGGGGCGGAGGAGGCUGAGGGGGAGGGGAAGGAGGAGGGGGGGGAGGAGGAGGGGCAGGUGCAGCACGGUUCAGGCAGCUGUGGUGACUUUUUGGGUAAUGGUGUGCAUGAAGAGAACAGGCAGCAUGAGGAGGAGGAGAGGGAGGGGGAGGAGGUGUCUUCAGAUGAGUGCACAACACCACUGGCCGAAAACGACCCCCACACGCCCAUUGCCAGACCUCUACUUCCCGAGCCUCUCCUUCCCGAGCCUCUCCUUCCCGACCACCUUCUUCCCGGACCUCUUGCUGAGCCUCCGUUUGGUUCUCCUAGCAGAAUGGGAGAGAGGAGAGGCGGAGGAGGAGUGGAGGGAGGUGGGGCGGUGGAAGGAAGAGAGAGAAGAGGGCGACCUAGCAAAGGGAGAGGGGCAGGGCGAGGGGGGAGAGGAGUCGGACGAGGUUCAGAGGGAGCAAGAGCGGCAGAGGGAGUUACAGGAGGGGCAGGAGUUGCAGGGAGUCGGUUACCUGUUCCUGUGUGCAGGAGUGAGGAGGUACGGGGCUCAACGAUUAUGCUGGACAACAGGCUGGGUUCGAGAACAGGCGAUGGGCUAGAACUGGGAGGGGAGAAUAGACUGGUUGGUGGCGGUAGCUGGGAGGAGGUGAGCAGAGCAGUGACUACAGGGGAGGAGGCAAUAGGAGCUGGCAUGAAGGAGUUUCACGGGCGGCACCAGCAGGAACAGCAGCAGAAGCAGCGGCGGCUGAUGGGAGAUGGACAGGGGGGGACAGGAGGAAUGGAUGAGGGGAGCAGUGGCAGCGAGGGGGAGGCAGUGGUGUGCCAUGGCUGGGACAUGAUGCCCGGUGUGCAAGGCACUUCGGUUUCGGUUUCCACCAGUGGCGGCGAUUCCCCUCACCUAGUGCUGCCCUUGCAGCAGCAGCAGCAGCAGCAGCAGCAGCAGCAACGGCAACGGCACCUGCAGCAGCCGCAGCAGCAGCAGUCGUUUCAGCCGGCGUGGAAGCAGCGCGGUGCAGAGCGGUGCAGCACGUUGAGCAUGGAGUGCGGGCUGAGCAUGGACGGCAGCAGCAGCAUGUUCAGUCCACACGGCGGGGGCGUGCUGAGUCCCUGUGAAAGCAUAGACAGCCCGGGGGGGGUCCUCGCCACACCAGUGGGUGUGGGCCCCACAGGGGGGGGAUACAUGCAGGGGGGAGCUGCAGCUUCUGCUUCUGCUGCUGAUGAUCCUGCCUUCUUCCUGAGAUUUCGCAGCGAUGCACGGGAGCAGCAGGGGUUUCCCCCUCAGGCACCUCAGCAGGCGAUCCUGCCUGCCGCCCCCCCUGUUGGGGGGACUGUUGGCCUCUACGCACGGGCGCAUGCAGCUGCCGCUGCUGCUUCCCCUGCUUCUGCCCCUGCUGCUGCGCUUGGUUUGGUUUCCUCAGCAGCAGGCAGUGCGGCCUCUUCGCCCACUGCACCAAGCCUUGCAGCAAGCCCUGCUGCCUCCUCUCCCACCACCGCCACCACCGCCACCCCCAGUCCAGCAGGCGAGAGGCGGCACGGGGGGCACAAGGGCAGCUUUAAGAGUGACCUGUGGUCGAGGCGAAAGGGGCCUGCAGUGCCCAACUCCCGCCUCUCCCUCCCUGCUGCUGCCUCCCCCUCUGCUGCUGCUGCUUGUGCCAGCGAUGGUGCCAGCCCUGCUUGCGCCAAUGUUUCUCGCACUGCUAGCAGCGAUGCUGCUGCAGCAGCUGCCACUGACAGCGGUGGCCUCACACCCAACACUCCCCUCACACCCACCCCUCCCUCCCGUCCGCUCAAAGACCCCUCCUCCCAUUCCGCUCCCCUGCGCUCGCCUCUGCUGGGCCGCAGACGAGGGUACCGAGAGAAGAAGAACUCUCCAGGGCACAAGCAGCAGCAGCAGCAGCAGCAGCAGCAGCAAGCAGUGCUGGCAUCAGCAUCAUCACCAGCAGCAGCUGGGGCGGCAACAGCAUCAGGCGCAGGUGAUUUGGCCCCUGCAGUGACCCCCCGGUCGCUCCUCUCCCUCACAGCCUCAGCAUCGUUGGGGUUUGGUGCUGUUCCUGGCACUCCCCCUUCCGAGUCUCCUCACAACCCGGCAGUCACCCCGCGGUCGUUUCUCUCCCGCCAGUUCCCAGGAGGAAAACACAAGUCGGAGGGGGGAGCGGAGAGGAGAGACGGGGGAGAGCGGGAUGAGGGGCGAGAAGGAGGAGAAGGGAGAGAAGGGAGAGAAGGGAGGGAGGGGCAUGAGCAUCAUUUGCAGCACUCUAGGCUGAUGGUGGUGGAUGAAAGCUCAGGCAACCACGUGGGGGAAUCAGGAGCCAUGCCCGGGCCCAUUAAAGGGCACAUUGGAGGGCACAUUGAAGGGGGGGCGUUUCCAGAACCAGGUGGCGUGCUUUCGAGUCGACUCAAAAGCAGGGAAUCAGGAGCCAUUCCAGGGCACAUAGAAGGGGGGGCAAUUUUUGAGACGUCUCAAAACUCAGGAGCCAUUCCUCCAGGGCACAUAGAAGGGGGGGCGUUUCCAGAAGCAGGUGGCGUGGUUGGUCGAGACGGGGAGGGAGGGGCUUGUGCUGUUUCUCAAUCUGGUUCUGUUCCCCACGUUGGUUCUGUGUCUCAAGCUGGUUCUGUCCCUCGGUUGCCGACUAGCUGGUCUGACACGCAGUGCGCUUUCGAGAGCUCUCAAGACCACUCUCCCCUGGGGUAUGAGAUGCAGCAGCAGCAGCAGCAGCAGCAGCAGCAGCAGCAGCAGCAGCAGCAGCAGCAGCAGCAGCAGCAGCAGCAGCAGCAGCAGCAGCAGCAGCAGCAGCAGCAGCAGCAGCAGCAGCAGCAGCAGCAGCAGCAGCAGCAGCAGCAGCAAUUGCAGCAGCAGCAGAUGCAAUGGGGUGACAGCAGCACGGGGAAUUCGGGAGAGCAAACGGGUGAAGCGGAGGGAGCAGGAGGAACAGGAUGGGCGUCAGUAGGAGCAGCAAAACCAGCACCGGGAGGGGCAACGCCAACAGGAGGGCGGCCAAAGUCGAGUGGGGGGUGGCGAAGGGGGUGGUCUGGGCCUCACGGGGUGGCAGGGGUGGGUAAGGGCAUGCACCUGCUCAGCCCACACAGGGGCGAUGCACCAAGAAAAGGGCAUUGGGAUUCCGCUGCCGCUGCCGCUGCCGCUGCCGCCGCUGCUGCCACAGCUGCUGCUGCUGCCGCUACUGCUAGUGUUGGUGCUGGUGCUACUGCUAGUGCUGCUGCUGCUGGUGCUGCUGCUACUGCUAGUGCUGCUGCUGCUGCUGCUGCUGGUGCUGCUAACGAGAAUGCCACUGCUGGCAGUGGUGCGAACCCAGGUGGUUCGGCCAGCAGGGGCGGCCGAACGAAGCUAGGAGCAGCAGGGUCGGGGCUAGCAGCAGCGAUGAAAACUUCCAUGAAAACAUCAAUGAAGGCCCUGGCCCCUCUAGCUCCCACCAAGACCUGGGCUUCAGGCAUGGGCGAUAUGUUUGGGGCCAAAUCCCCCCGUGCUCUCCUCUCCCCGCAUUCUCUCCUCUCCCCUCGUGGCUUCCUCUCCCCUGGCGGUUUCCGCUCCCCUCGCCCCUCUGGCCAUGGGGAGAGCAUGGAUCGGGGGAACGGGGGAGAUGAGGGGGGUGGCGGGGAUGGGAGGGACAGAGGAUAUGGGGGAAGUAGGGUGGAUAGGACUGGCAAGGCGGGUUUUUCAAGAGGGGAAGAGGGGAAGGGAGGGAGAGAGGAGGGAAGAGAGGAGGGAAGAGAGGAGGGAAGAGAGGAGGAUGGGGAGGAGUGGCGAUUCCCGGCCGAACGGGCGUCUCUCGACUUGCCUGUCAAAUCCCCAAGGGCAUUUCGGAAACUAACUCGGAGGUCGAGCGGGUUUCAGCUGCCGACGCGGGCAGCAGUAGCAGCAGCCAUGACCCUCCCCUCCUCCCUCUCCAUGAAAGAACGGCGCUCCGAAUCCUCAACACCCGCCAUGUUCUCCCUUCCUCCCUCCGCCUCUCUCUCGUCUGCCUCCUCCACUGCCUCUCCUUCCUCUGCAAGGCCCCCGUGGGGCUCUGGGUCCAUGCAGGAACGGCCCCAGCACCUGCAGCAGCAGCAGCGCCUGGCGCAGGCUCGGCAGCAGGAGGUUCGGCAACCGGAGGCUCGGCAGUCGGGCCUCGCCCAGGCACCGCAGGAGGGUCGGAUGCGGCAGGCUCGGAAGGGGAAGGUGCAGCUGCCUCGGGCUAUUUCAGCGGAUCAGUAUCAGCAGCACGAUGGGAGGGAGUUCUUUCAAGAACAGCUAUCGCUGCAGCAACAGCACCUUCAGCAGCAGCAGGAACAGCUGCAGCAGCAACAGCAGCAACAGCAGCAGCAGCAGCAGCAAGAACAGGUGCAGCAGCAACAGCAGCAGCAGCAGCAGCAAGAACAGGUGCAGCAGCAACAGCAGGAGAAGCAGCAGCAGUGGGUUCCUCUAGAGAAGGCAAGCAGUGCGAGUGCAGCACUAGCAGCAUGGGCCAAGCGGUCAAAGCAAGGGGGGCAGAGGCAGGGGAAUGCACGGAGAGAGGCGAUCAGUGGUGGUGCUGCUGACGCUGGCAGCGGUGGAGGUGGGUGGCAUGGUUUGCCUCGUAGCGUGUCGGUGGAUGUAGUGACACAAGGCAUGGCCUCCCAGGCAGCACCACUCGGGGCAAGCCCUGGAGCAGGAGGAGGAGGGAGAGGGGGAGGAGGAGGAGGGGGAGCAGGAGGAGCAGGAGGAGGAGCAGGAGGAGGAGCAGGAACAGCAGGAGGAAUUGGAGUGGGAAGGGCUCGAGGCCCGGCUCGGGCCAAGGCUCCAGGCCUGGGUCGAGGCCUGGAUCCAGGUCCGGUUCCAGGCCUGGGUCAUCCCACGGGAUUGGGAGAAGUCAGUCUGGUUCGGUUCCGAGCCAAGAUGCUUCCUUGGCUGCUGGUGCUGCUGCUACGGCCUUUACUGAAGGAUUACCGAGCGAGAGUAGAAUGGGGUCUGGUGUAA